GUCAUUUGCAGAACAGUGAACGAAGUGGAUGGACGCCGAACUCAUUCGAGAUCGUAAACCGUUCGUUGAAAGGGACAUCGGACGCUGCAAGUACUGCGACAAACGACUCGAUUCUCCUCGCAUAUUUUACACACCAAUAGGAUAAGCCGAGUGAGUGUCAGAAAACGUCGCGGAAAGACGCCGGAUAAGCCGGGGAAGCGUGCGUAUCCCGCUGUCUCAGCGUAAUACGAGUGUGGCAUCAAGUAUCAGGAAUCUAACCGCAAAUCAUCGAGUGCACUGAGUUUUGAACACGAGGAUCUGUGUUACUUACGACAAUGAGUGACAGGUGGGAUAGUAAUAGAACGCCAUCGAGGAGGUACGAACGAGGUUACGAUCAGAGAAGGGAAGGUAGAAGGGAAAGAGAUAAUCAGUUUUAUAGACGUUCUAACAGAUCCUCUGGAGAUAACUGGAGAGAUGACUCGACACAGAAUUAUAGUAAUGAUUCGUAUAGGAGGAGUAAUGAUGGUAAUAGUGCUUCAGAAGGUGCUACAAACGGACUUGUUAUGUACAUUGACACCAACAACAUUGGAAGAGUUAUCGGAAGGGGUGGCAGCAAGAUUAAGUCUCUGCAAGAUGAGAGCCAAGCCAAGAUCAGUAUCGAUAGACAAAAUGAUGGAAAUGGACAGACUGCUGUGACGCUAACCGGUUCCGAUGACGCCCAACAACGAGCUAAGAGCUUGAUAGAGGAGUUAUUAACCGAGAGAAGUAACAUGCAGGAAAGGGUAGAAUCUACGCGAAGACCGGCACCUAUGCCGGCUAUGCCCGAGCAAAACCAAGAGGUUGAUUGGGCUAAUUUUGAUUGGACCAAGGCUAAUGAAGAAUAUGAGGAACGCCAGAAGAAGAGGUGGGCGGCUUUGCCUCCUAUUAUAAAGAAUUUUUACAAGGAGGAUCCGGAGGUUGCUAAUAUGCCGCAGUCAGAAGUCGCUUAUUUCAGGAAGACCAACAAUAACAUAGAAGUCCGACAUGUUUUCGAGAACGAAGGGGCCUCCGACGAGGAUAUGAAAAUACCAAAUCCCGUCGAAACUUUCGAACAAGCCUUCCAGGCAUAUCCAGACAUCCUUAGAGAAAUACGAAAACAAAAAUUUGAAAAACCAAGCCCUAUACAAUGUCAGGCAUGGCCUAUUCUGCUGAGCGGUCGGGAUCUCAUUGGGAUAGCGCAAACUGGAACAGGAAAAACUCUUGCUUUCUUACUGCCCGCUUUGAUCCAUAUCGACGGGCAACCAACGCCACGCGAUGAGCGUCCUGGACCGAAUGUUCUUGUUAUGGCACCGACGAGAGAACUGGCGCUGCAAAUUGAGAAGGAGGUAGCGAAGUACUCCUACCACGGCAUUAGAGCGGUGUGCGUGUACGGUGGCGGAAGUCGCAAAGCACAAAUAGAUACUGUGUCGAAGGGUGUGCAGAUAGUAAUUGCGACUCCCGGAAGAUUAAACGACCUGGUUCAAUCAGAGAUAUUGGAUGUGUCGGCUGUGACGUAUCUUAUACUUGACGAAGCAGAUCGUAUGCUGGACAUGGGUUUCGAACCGCAAAUUCGUAAGACUCUUCUGGGUGUGCGACCAGAUAGACAAACUGUUAUGACGAGCGCUACGUGGCCUCAAGGUGUAAGACGCUUAGCUCAAUCGUACAUGAAAAAUCCGAUUCAAGUAUUUGUCGGAUCACUUGAUUUAGCGGCUGUCCACUCUGUAACGCAGAGGAUUUAUAUGGUCAACGAAGACGAGAAGACAGAUAUGAUGCACCAGUUCUUCCGGGAAAUGGGCUCUAACGAUAAAGUGAUGGUAUUUUUCGGUAAGAAGGCAAAGGUGGACGAUAUCUCUAGCGAUCUGGCCUUAUCGAACAUCGAUUGUCAGAGCAUUCACGGCGACAGAGAUCAAACAGAUAGGGAACAAGCCUUGGAAGAUCUGAAGACUGGAGCCGUUCAGAUUCUUCUCGCGACCGAUGUGGCUAGUCGAGGAAUCGACAUUGAAGAUAUUACGCACGUACUGAAUUACGACUUCCCGAGGGAUAUAGAGGAAUACGUUCACAGAGUCGGCCGUACUGGACGCGCAGGUCGAACGGGCGAGAGUAUCACUUUUAUGACAAGGCAGGACUGGCAUCAUGCCAAGGGACUCAUUGACAUUCUCGAAGAGGCUAAUCAGGAAGUACCGGAGGAAGUGUAUAAAAUGGCUGAAAGAUAUGACGCGUGGAAGAAGAAGAAAGAUGCGGAGCAAUCAAGUGUCAGAGGAUUCAACAGAAAUAGCGGUAGAAGCCGCUAUCGCACUUAAAACGGCCAAUUAAUGACGCUAGGAAUAUAGAUUACAUUGUGUUCAGUAUAAUCAAUAUCAGGUUCAACACAUUGUGAUACUAUUUUUAGUUCGUACCAUUUCGAUGAGAUUAAUUUCGUAGAACAACUCAAUGUUCCUUUUCUUUGUUUUUUUUUUUGUUACUUAUCAAAGUUAAUUAUACGAUUUAAGAUCUACUUUGUAGUUUAAGUAUCUUAUUCAGAUGAUUAAAAUGCGCUUGCAUGCGAUACAGUCAGAAUAAUGAUACAUUGUAAUUAGUAACACUUUAUAUUGUCUUAGCUACCAAACAUCGAAAUAUAAUUUUGUACCACAAA